AAAGUCAGUGGUCUUGUCUGUAACGACUCUUUUCUCAAGUUCGCUCAUUUCCGUGAGUCGCCUGCAGAGCCCUCGGACUUGAACUGCUGACUCAUGAAGACCAGUUUGGUGUAUAAAACUGUAAAAACUUGGAGCAGAAGGUCCCACAGCUCAACAUGCUGCUCUUCAUCUUUUUAGCUGUUGUUUCCUGUGCAGUUGAUGAGAGAGCCAUUUAUGAGCCAAAGACAUUAUGUGCACCAGAAGGAUCAACUGUGAGGAUAAACUGUACAUACAAAGAUCCAAUAGAAACUACUAAUGUAACAGAACUGUGGUUUUAUGGGUCUGAUGGAAACAAGACACAUCCUGAUGGAGAAACCACUGUGUAUCACACAGAUAAGAAGAAAAUAGCAAACAGUCACAAGGAGCGAGUUGAGUUUUUAGGGAACAAAAACACGACUUGCGGCAUAAAGAUCAGCAACGUGAGCAGAGAGGAGAGCGGUGUCUACAGGUUUAGAUAUGAGAUAUGGCAGCCUGAUUAUAAAUGGACACAAAUGCCAGGAGUGAAGGUCACAAUCACAGGUCUAAAGAUUGAAGCAACAUCAAUGAAGGUAAUAGAAAACGAAGCAGUAACCCUGGAGUGCCAAAUGAAUUGCAGUCUCACUGACCGCGUCUUCUGGUUCAGAAAAGGACAACAUUUAAAAGAAACCUCAAAGAAACUUGAGAUUCCGAGAGCCUCCUAUGAGGACCACGGCAGUUACUGGUGUCAGACUGGACACGUCAGGUCCCCAAGUUUUCUACUGAAUGUUUCCUAUGCCCCCAGGAAUGUUGUCAUCACAGGACAUCCCACCACUAGUAUAGAAGAAGGGACAUCGGUGACUUUAAACUGCACAGCCUUGGCAUACCCACCAGGCCGCUACACCUGGGUCAAGGAGAACAGCAGCCAAGUAGGAUCAGGGGAUCAACUCCACAUCAGCAAGUUUAAUGCUAGUCACGAGGGGUCUUAUCACUGUGAAGCCACAAACAACUACGGGACGACAAAAUCUACAGCUGUCAACCUGACGGUAAACGUGAACAAGAACAUAAAUGUUAUCUUGUAUUCCGUACUGAGCAUCAUCACUCUAUCAGGAUUAACUCUGGGAAUUCUCAUAUUUCAAAGAAAGAAGAAGACAAAUCGGAAAGACAAACAGAAGAUUAAAGGUGUGGAAGACUCUGAAGAUCGCACUUACAUGUCUUUGGAUCGCUCAGCAGUGGCAUCAGAGUACGACACAAUUAUGCAAAGGAAAUGAACAAAAAGUGGGUUAUGAUAAAUUUAGUGUUGAGAAAAUAGAAAUAAAUGAAAAGUUCAGAACAACAGAACUUCAAGAUGGAUGGGGUUUUUACAAUA